UAACGAUACUUUAUUCUGAAAUCUCUAUAUAAAGGGCACGACUGAUAAGAACUCCUUACUUAGACAUGUCAACAACUUUGGUCAUUUUUACUCUUUGUAUUUCAUUUGGAAAUGCAUCGUGGUGGCACCCACAUCCGCACAUGAAUUGGAACUAUGUGAUCGGAGAACGACAUAUCAACACUUCUAUCUAUGGAAAUAUGUUUGUUGUGGAUUUAGAUGUGGACAAAAGAAUUAUUGAAAAUCUCCACAGGGAAGGGAAGAAGGUGAUAUGUAACUUUUCUGCUGGAACGAAAGAAUGUUCCAGAAAGGAUGCAGGCCAGUUCCCACCCGAUGGACUUGGAGCUCCUGUUAAAGACUACCCAAAAGAGACAUGGGUUGACAUCAUGAAUAUUGAAGUUAGACGUAUAAUGAGAGCUCGAAUUAUACUUGCAAAUUCCCGCCAUUGUGAUGGUGUAUAUCCGAGUAAUGUUGAUGGAUGGGUAAAUAAUCAAGCAGGACUUCAUUUGACACCAGAAAAUCAAUUGGACUAUAACAGAUAUUUAGCGAACGUGGCACAUGAUAACGGGUUAGCUAUAGGACUGGCAGGUGGUAAAGAACAACUUAAUGACCUGGUAGGCGACUUUGACUUCGCAAUUAUCCACUUUUCCUGUAUGGAUUUUAGCCUCGAGUGUCAUAAGUACAAACCUUUUUUUGAUGCUAGAAAGCCGGUGUUCCACAUCCACAGUGUAAGUUCUAUCGCAGUAGGUCACCAGAAACAAAAAGAAAUAUGCUCAUCGUCAAAACGACCUCAUGACAUGAAUACUAUAAUCAAAAUCAAGCAUAAGGAUACAAACUGGAAACUUGAUUGUUGAUUUUUUAUUUAUUAAAGAACAUCCUCGUGG